AUGGUCUUUUAUUUGUUAUUAUGUCAAUAUAUGUAGUAGUACUUUUUUACCAUAUUAAUUUACCCUUUUAUCAUUCUAGAUCCUGCAACAUUGUUUUGAUGCUGGAAUUAAUAUUUCAGCUACAGUGUGUGAUAUGGAUGGUGUGAAUAAGAGAGCUUUAAGUAUCUUGGGAGCAUCUGUAGAACAGCCAUAUAUUCUGCUAAGUAAUCGAGAAGUGGUUACCAUUUUUGAUACACCGCAUUUGCUCAAAUGGUUUAGAAAUAUGUUUUUAAAAUAUGACAUUAAAUGUCCAACAAAUAUAACAUCAAACGAUCAAAUUGGAUUUGGUGUUGCUAAAUGGAGCCAUAUAAAGGAGUUUUAUGAAACAGAUAACACCAAUCCCAAUUUUGUGUUUGCACCUUGCUUAAAACAAGAGCAUUUAAAUCCAAAUACGAAGCAGAAGAUGAAGGUGAAGCAAGUGUUAAGCCACUCAGUUGCUGCAGGAAUGUAUGCUAAAAUUUCACAAGGUAAAUUAAAUUUAUAAUUUAAAGUAUAAUAUUUAAACAUAUGUCCAUAUGUUAAAAUGUUCUGGAAACUCGUAAGAACUACCAGGGGACAUUCACAACAGCCUAGAAUGAAUGCUAUACGAGACCAGAAUGGCUGUAUUCUGAAUGACGAAGUUUUGAGUUUAAGGAGAUGGAAGGAAUACUUUGAAAGCGUGUUUAUGAGUGAUGAGACGAUUGAAUUAAAUGAAAUAGAAAUUCCGAAAGAAGAGGAAAUAGAUAGAGAUAUAAGUAUAGAUGAAAUAAUGAAAGCAAUGAAAAGUAUGAAAGCAGGUAAGGCAGCCGGUUAUGAUAGAGUAUCUCUCGAAAUGCUAAGGGCUGGAGAAGGAGUGGUGGCAGACCUGCUGUACACCUUGUUUAAUUUAUGUUGGGAACUUAAGCGGGUACCGGGAGACUGGUGCAAAGCCGUGAUAGUCCCAAUAUAUAAGGGAAAAGGAUCACAGCAGGACUGUAGAAACUACCGUGGUAUCAGCCUUCUUAGCAUUGUGGGGAAACUGUAUGCUAAGGUACUAAUUGAAAGAGUUAUGAAAGAAACUGAUGGAAAAAUUUGGGAUGUGCAAGCGGGAUUUAGAAAGGGAAUGGGAUGUACGGAUCAGGUCUUUUCCACGCGCAUGAUCGCGGAAAAGUUUUUGGCCAAAAACCAAAAAGUUUUUUGUGCGUUCAUGGACUUGGAGAAGGCUUAUGACAGAGUGGACAGGGAUGUGUUAUGGCAAACACUGAACUCAUUUGGGUUGACCGCUGGUCUGAUACAGGCAUUGAAGUCUCUAUAUAGGGACUCUAGUGCUUGUGUCAGGAUCAACGGGGCCUACUCGGACUGGUUUGACAUCCAUAAAGGUGUCAGACAGGGCUGUGUGGCUUCCCCGUGGUUGUUCAACCUAUUUAUGGACAGUUGUUUGGAAAAUUUUAAAGUAGAAGAAUGCGGGUUAAGAAUGGGUGAGUUAACCGUCAAAUGCCUUUUGUACGCCGAUGAUCAAGUCAUACUUGCGUCGUCGGCAGCCGAGUUGCAAAUAAUGGUUACAUUAAUGAACAGGACAUUAAAAGAAAAGGGAAUGAAAGUGAACCGAAGUAAGACGAAAGUUAUGGUUUUUGAAAGAGAAGAAAGUAAAACGAUAUGUGAAAUAAGAAUAGAAGGGGAGUUGGUAGAGCAAGUAGAUGAGUUUGUAUAUUUGGGAUGUGUGUUUAGCAGGGAUGGUAGAUAUGAUAAGGACAUAGAACGACGAGUGAACGCAGGAAAUAGAGUGAAUGGGGCUCUACACUCUAUUGUGAAAAGUCAGAAUGUGUCCAAAAAGGCACGUAUGGCAAUUCACAAUGCUGUGUUAGUACCUACUUUAAUGUAUGGUAGUGAAAGUUGGGUGUGGCAGAAGAAGCAUGAGAGUAGAAUAAAUGCUGUAGAAAUGCGGUCAUUAAGGAGUAUGUUAGGGAUGAAGCUGAACAGGGGCGUAGCUACCGCCGUAUCAGCCGUAUCAAUGAUACGGGGCCCCCGGGUUACAGGGGCCCCGAGCGCGUGUAAGCAAACAUUCCAAGGACUUGUCGCUCCAUCGCUGCAUGACGUCCGAUUUUUCUGAGAGGACGUCAUUAGUUCUCGAAAGCACUUUGUUCAUUCUUAAGGCCGUCGCACCACUUCGGGCCCUUCCAACCUCUUUCCAGAAGAGUUUGGAGUUCUCCUUAAAGUUGUGCAACAACCUUUCGUCCGCUUCCAUUCUACACCUUUCACGCACUUCCUCAAUCAGUGCUUUCGUGUGAACUUUCUGCAGCCUAUAUCUUUCUUUCAUCUUCUCUCUCAUAUCCUUAUCAUUACUAGAGGCCAAGUAGUCUAACCAUGCUUUCUUCUUCUUCUUUACAGCUUCUUUCACUUCAUCAUUCCACCAUGCAUCUCUUCUUUUACUACUGCCUCUUUUUAUUGUUCCACACACUUCUUCCGCUGCACUUACCAUUCCAUCCCUAAGGUUCUGCCAUGUUCUUUCUACCCAUUAUUUUCUGCCAUCGAUGGUGUCAAGCUUUUCGGCUACCCUCGCAUGAUAUUUGUCCCUAGUAUCCGUUUCCUGAAGCUUCCAGCUUCGGAUGCGACAGACCGACUGUGGUUCUGUUACUGCCGUCCGGUAGCGCCAACCCGCGAACAGACCCCUAAAUCUAGUAAUCACUAGAUAGUGAUCCGUUCCCAGGUCAGCACCCCUGAACACUCGCGUAUCCAUCACCUGUUUUCGCAGUCGGUCAUCCACCAGGAACAAAUCGAUCAUACUUCUCUCAUUCUUUCGUUCUCUAGUAUACAUAUGGAUUUUCUUGUGAUUAAACAUAGUGUUUGUCACAAGAAGACCCUUUUCCUUGCACACCGCCAGUAUAAGCUUGCCAGCAUCAUUAACCCUUUUAUCGCCAAACUUUCCAAGUACCGACUCGUACCCUGGUCGAGCGGUACCAACCCAUCCAUUCAAAUCACCACAUACAACAAUUCUUUCGUUUCCCCUAGCCAAAUCUAGAACUUCUCUUACAUUCUCCCAAAACUCCUCCAGCUCAGCCCUGGACGACUAAGCUACCGGCGCAUAAACAGCCAAAAGGAAUAACUUCGUCAGUCCAAAUUUAAAGCGAACCCAGAGAAGUCUUGAGUUCACAACCUUAUAUUCAGUCAUAACAUCGACCAACCGAGAAGACAGCAGCACCCCCACUCCCUGGCAGGCGGCUGCUUCCUUAAAAGUCAAAUCCUCAGGGGCCCAUCAGCUGAGUUUCGACGAGCAAACGUAGGUCGGGCCUCAAUGUGGCCACGUGGAAUCUCUCUAAUUACACUAAAAUAUAUGGGGGAGCGUUCUAUACUACGGCCAGUCGACCGGGAGGAAUCUAGACGGAGCUUACUUACCUAUAUCCAAGGCGAUUGGUCCCUCCGGAGUCAGUCUGGUCCCAUGUGUUUGUGUAGUGCAAGGGAAAUAAGGUGAUGUGAUGUGUAUCUGGGUGUGACUGAUGGCGAUUGAACCUAGACCUUGGCCGUCGGCAGCAGCCCGAGCGUCGACACCACUCCAACUUGAGGGGGCCUUCCGAGGCGUUGUCCACAGUCACUUUCCUCGUUCGUCACGAUGACAGUCAAUUCACUCUAUCUUACGAUUAACUAACUUACAGAAGCCACUAACUAUCGCUGAGUAUAAGGUUAACUCACAAAACGCACACGGAAUUUCCGGAUCAAAGGUCACUACCGUUUCGCGUAGCAACAGUUAGUUCUAGAAUAUCAGGCCGCACUAGCUAAUAUUGCCGAAUGCACUUAUGCAGAUUCUGAGUCAGACACCAUGAGUCCCUGGGAAGCUCUCCAGCAGGAAUGCGCGUCACAAAAUCCUAGACCGUAUAUUUACGGGCCGCGCCUAAUUAUUCCGAGUUCCCUAACAAAAAUUGACAGCGUGCAGACAUUAGCACAGCUAGCAGACGACUACUACCUUUACGCGUUCUCAGCCCACCGCUCGACCGACGUCAAAAACCGGUAUGGCCCAGAACCGCGCGCCCCCUAGACGUCGAUUCCGACAACAGCGUUUGGCGCGAACAGGUGGCAUCUAUAAUAUAAUCAGGUUAUUGGAGUUUAGACAUAAUAUUGCAAAGCUAUUGCCUUGUUUGUAGAAUGUGAAGGUAAAUAAUGUUUUCUUGUUAGAAAAAAGUGUUUAUAUUAGAUUGUCUAAUCUUUUUUAUAUAAAACCAAUGUACCUUUACUUUCCAUUUUGCUUAAAUGUCAUGUUACAUAUGCCGGUUACUUAAUAGGUGAAGUGAUGAAGUAAUUAUCUAUAAACUAAUAAUCGUUGAUUCGUGUUUUAGCGAAGUUACGAGAAUGCUUAUUUCUUAUACUUCGCUAAAACACGCCUACCUCUUAAAAAUAGACUAUUCUGCUUUACAUAACUACUUAACUAUUAAAUCGAUAUUUAGUUAAGAGCUGUUGAGAACUGUUUACAUACAUAAAGUUAAAAAUUAGUUAAUUACUCCGUCACUUACGUCCAUCAAUGUACCAACGGUUUUUCUAUGUACCAAUGUAGACAAGUAUGUAAUGUAAAUAAAAAUUAUGUAUUUCAAAAACCACUUUUAAUUGAAAAAUAGUUCCUUUUUUAUAUUAAAAUGAUUGCUAAUCGUUUCAAAAGUGGUUUUUGAAUGUAAAAUACCAUAAUUUACAAAUAACUUUGUGCUUUUGUUUUCGUUUUAAUUUACCAAUAUAUAUAUCAUUGAAACGAAAAACUACAAGCUGUAUCUAUCUACACGGUAUUUUACAUUCUUAAGCCAUUUUUGAAACGAAACAACCAAGACGCCAACU